AUGGCUCCUGCUUUGAUGGCUUCGUUGCCCCUGUCCGUCUUCUCUCUGGUGAUGGAGUUCGCGGUGAGCGACUACGACCAGUCGUUGCUGCCAAGCGCGCGCUCUCCGCCCGGCGAGUGCCUCGAAGAAGUGGCGCUGGUGUCCAAGAGCUGGUUGCACUUAGUGCAACAGCUGACGACGCAGUACAAGCAAGAAACCAUUGAGAUCCGCCUCAAACAAGGGACUAAAAAGGAAGUGACAGCUAUUCAGCAACAAGUUGCAGCUGGGGGUGGCGCCGUGUGCGACCUCCGAGUUGUCAUCGGCCGAGAGGAGGAACACGGCUACGGAACGCCGAAGUUCACGUUGUUAACCACCAAGACGCCAAGACGGAGAAAGUGGACGUGGACUGGGACAAGAUUCUCGUGGAGAUGCCGGGACUCAGACGACUGGACUUGA